CGUUAUCGCCGCCGCCGCCGCCGCCGCCGCCGCGCUCCACCGUCGUCGUCAUCGACGCCGCCAUCGAGUCAGUUUUGGCGGCGGCCUUGGCAAGGAGGCACAACGCUCUCCGACCGCGAAGAUACAAGUUCCCGAGGAACAAGGAAGAACACGACCCGACCGCCGAGAUCAGCCCACAGCGCGGGCAAACAAGACGACACUCAGCUCCGCUCUCGCUAAGGUGCAACAGGACGACGGACGCAAUUUGAGACGCUAGCCCGGGUGUGAUGUGGGGAAGAGCGAAUAUGGCGGCGGUGACCCUCCUCCUCGGAUGGCUGUGCGUUUUCGCCCGUGCGGAAGUGGGCAACACCGAGGUGACGUCCGCCGACGCCGAGGCGGAGACCAUCCUCGAGCGAGCGGCCACGUGGCUGUGGAGUCAACGGGACAAGGACGCCGGAUGGGGUAACGACACGCACCGGGUGCUUCUGGUUCUCCGCCUGGCGAAUCUCUCCCGCGACGACAACGUCGCGCCGCCGGCGCCGCUCGAGCUGCAGCUCACCGCCAAGCAGAUGGAACUGGAGAUUGUGCUUUCGCUGUGGAGACACCGAGAAGUCGGCUUUUCCCCGGUUCGGCUGGCGCGCUACACUCUGGCCUUGAACGCGAUGUGCAUGGACCCGAGGCAGUUCCACGGUCACGACCUGAUCGGCACGUUGCAGCAUCACGAGCCGCCGACCGAUUACGAGUUCGCGCUCACCACGCUCGCGGCGUGCAGCGCGCAGGCGCACGUGCGCAAGCGGCAGAUCCGUCGCCUCCUGGACAUCGCGAACGCCGCGCGAGACCACAACGUCGACACCGUGGCGAUGGUGAUCCUGGCGCUGCAGUGCAUCGUCCAAGACCACCGGCACCGGAACCUCCACCACUUCGUGCGCAAGCCGUCGAUGGGACUGGCGCAGCAGCAGCGACUCGACGGCAGCUUCGGCGACCUGCACACCACCGCGUUGGUGAUGCAGGCGCUGGAGGAGGUGGAGAACGAGCCGGCCGACAACUGGAACAGGUCCGCGGCCUUGGCCUGGCUGAUCAGCCAGCAGCGUACGGACGGCUCUUUUCGCGGCGACGUCCGGGUCACCGCCGAGGCGAUGCUGGGGGUUGCGCCGCGCGGGCUGGCCAGCAUUCGAGCUCUUGACUGCGGCCAGGGUCUGUCGGAUAACUCGCCACCUCGUCUCACCACCAGCAACAUUGCAGACGUCUCGACCUCGGACAACCACAGCGAGACCGCGAUACCCUCGGCCUCGGCGGGCAACGUCAGCAACGUGGACACGACGAUCGCGGGCACGGCGCCGCCGGUGCUGGUGAAUGUGUCGUACACCCUGUGGGUCGGCAGCAAUCUCAACGAGACGUACAACCUGACGGUGACCGCGCCCAAGAACGAGACCUUCUACGGGGUGAUGCUGCUGGCGGCGGAGAUGUCGCCUCAUUUCCAGUUCACCGCGUCCGAAUGGCCUAACGGUCACUACGUUCACACGCUGGCCGGCUACAAGGAGGAGCCGAUGUCCUAUCACUAUUGGCUGCUCUACAGACUGCCGUCGCCGCCGGAACCUUCCUCGCCGCCCGGGAAUCAACUGGUCGCGCCUGGAGGUGUCGACGACUUGCAAAUCAGCGAGGGCGAGCACUACCUCUUCUGGUACAAGAAGCUGUGAAGUGCACGGCGAGAGGAGCAAGAAAGCAAAAAACGAAACGUAACGAAGAGAAGGUAACGCGAGGGAGAGACUGCGGGUAGGGUUUCAUAUUGCGUAAGAAAAAAGCAUGAGAAAAAUAAAGCUGUACGAAUGAGGCAGAGAGAGAGAGAGAGAGG